AUGACACCCCCAAUGAUAUCUGUGAUCCAAUAUACAUCUGCAAUCCCAUCUCUGGUUGGUUCAUGUAACGGUUUAGUGUGCGUCAAUGACACCCGCAAUCAUAUCUGUGAUCCAAUAUACAUCUGCAAUCCCAUCUCUGGAGAAUAUGUUAAUCUUCCCCGACUACACGAAAAGCCAUAUGAUCCCUUUGAUCAUACGGUAAGUGGGUUUGCCUACCACCAAUCCACCCAUGAGUAUAAGGUUGUUAGAAUCUUCUAUUACAGAGCACUAGGAGUACAAGUCGACGUCCAAGUAUACACUCUUGGUGACAAACAAGGAUGGAGAAACAAACAAGUGUCCACACGGUACCAUUUAGUGAACUCUUCUGGUAUAUUUGUCUAUGGAGCACUUCACUGGAAAGAUUACUCAAAGAAACAAGUAGUGGCGUUCGAUUUGGGGACUGAGGAAUUCCAAACUCUCCCAUCACCCCCUUGUGUCUCCAUUGGUUGGGGUAUCCAAGUGCUAAGAGGGUAUUUGUGUGCUGUUGAUAUCCAACCUGAUAAUAAUUGCGUGGACAUAUGGGGAUUCAAGAACUCUGGCACGGAGCCUAACCAUCCUCGGAGCUGGAGUAAGGAAUUCAAUAUAGAGGUCAAUGAUUCGGAGGGCGAUAUGAGAUACCGUUGGGCUUGGCCCUUGCACUUGCUAAAAACAAUGAGAUUUUAUUGUGGUACCAUGGAGAAACUUUGUUUAUUUACAACCCAGAAACUAAAAUUUUAA